AUGCUGCUGGUGGUACUGGUUCUCCUCGCAUUUGCGGCCGCAGACAAAGAAGCAGAAGCAGCUGAAGCCCUCCCGCCUCAAGCCAUUCCUGGCUGCACUGACCACUGCGGCAAUCUCACCAUUCCAUAUCCAUUCGGCAUAGAGCUUGGUUGUUACAUGACAGAAACCUUUUCUGUCACUUGUAACACAUCAACUGAACCUCCUAUAGCAACGUGGAGAGAUAGUUCCAUAGCUAUUUACAACAUAUACCUGCCUGCGGGUGAGAUGCAAAUAACGCAGUACGUAGCCUACGAUUGCUAUAACAGCCUGGGCGAUAAUGAUUACGACCAACCAUUGCUUGCCGUGCCUCCUUUCACCGUCUCUCAUACUAGAAACAAGUUCAUUGCCGUUGGUUGCGACACUUCUGCAGCUUUCAGAGGUUACCGUGCAGACGAACAGAGGUUAAUGACCGGAUGCAUGUCCAUAUGUGACAACCUUAACAGCCUUGAACAGUCUUGCUCCGGGGUUGGGUGUUGUCAAACUGACAUCCCCAGCGGACUUGAGAAUUACACUCUCACACUGGAAAGCUAUUAUAAUCACACAUACAUACUGGACUUCAAUCCAUGCAGCUAUGCCUUCAUUGUGGAAGAAGGCAAGUUCACCUAUUCCCCGAAUACAAGUUUUCAUACACUAAACAACACCGAAGAGCUUCCCAUUAUUCUUAAUUGGGAAAUUGGGGAAGGCACAUGUGAUGAAGCUGAACAGAGAGAUGAUUAUGCAUGCAAGGCAAAUAGCAAGUGUGUCAAACGGACCAUCAGUGAUGAGCUAUCUGGUUAUUAUUGCCAAUGCCAGUCGGGUUAUCAAGGGAACCCGUACCUCCCCGAUGGUUGCCAAGAUAUUGAUGAGUGCAAGGUUUCAAACCCCUGCACCAAUGGACUGUGUGAAAAUUCACCUGGAAGUUACUCAUGCUUGUGUGACAAAGGGUACAGAAGCAAUGGAAUGAAUAAUCAAAGCUGUGUAACUGGGGGCUUCUUGGUUCUGUUUGUUGGAAUUUCAUGGAUAUGUUGCAGAAUACGGAAAACAAAAUUCAAGAAACUGAAAGAAAAGUACUUUAAAGAAAAUGGUGGCUUAUUGUUACUACAACAACUCGCUAACCAUGGAGGCUCAGUGGAGACAACAAAAAUCUUCACCACAGAAGAACUAGAGAACGCAACAAACAAUUACCAUGAGAGUGGAGUCCUUGGAGAAGGAGGCUACGGAACAGUUUAUAAAGGAGUACUAAAGGACAACAAAGUGGUUGCCAUAAAGAAGUCAAAAGGAGGUACCUCGACCCAGAGCGAACAGUUUGUUAACGAGGUGAUUGUUCUUUCUCAAAUCAACCACAGAAAUGUGGUGAAGCUACUAGGUUGUUGUUUAGAGACAGCAGUGCCUUUACUGGUAUACGAAUUUGUCAACCAUGGCACUCUAUACGAGCACAUUCAUAAAAGAAGAUCAUCACUGUCAUUUGAACUGCGAAUGAAGAUAGCAGUUGAAACAGCAGGAGCACUAGCAUACUUACACUCCUCCACAUCAAUGCCAAUCAUACAUCGAGAUGUGAAAGCAGCAAAUAUACUCUUGGAUGAUAAUUAUACAGCCAAAGUGUCGGACUUUGGAGCUUCACGGUUGGUUCCUCUAGGUCAAACCGAAAUACAAACUUUGGUGCUCGGGACAUUUGGAUACCUAGACCCAGAAUAUUUGCAGUCAAACCAACUAACAGAAAAAAGUGAUGUCUACAGCUUUGGAGUUGUCCUAGUGGAGCUACUUACAAGCAAAGUGGCACUUUCUAAUGAUAGAUGCUUAACAAGCAUCUUUGUUUCUUGCAUGGAUGAAGAUUGCUUAAAAGAAAUUCUGGAUGAUGCCAUAGUGAAUGAGGGAAACAUUGAGACAGCAGUAAGCGUGGCCAAUCUCGCAAAAAGAUGUUUGAGGUUAAAAGGGGAGGAAAGGCCUACCAUGAAAGAAGUUGCCAUGGAGCUAGAGGGAAUGGCAAUUAUGGCAAAGCAUCCGUGGGGAAAGAAUGCUAAAUUCUGUCCGGAAGAGAAUGAGUACCUACUUGGGUCACCUACUUCAGACAGUUAUGACAUGGAUGCUAGAGGAGGUGAUCACAAUUCCAGUGGUUUAACUAUUGGUACGACAACUGGGUAUGACAGCAUGCAAAUCCAGAUGUUGAUGCCACAUGGUAAUGGACGAUAG